AUGGGAGGGAUAAGCCUGGCCAUCGAUCUCGGGUUGAGGUUCACGGCCGUUUUUAUAAAAGUUACCAAUAUGCUCAAAAUUUUAGGUGGACAUUUAGAUUAUUUAUCUAAACACAUCUUAGAGGUUACCGAUUCUCCAGAAGUUCAAAAGAUCUUGUCUCACGUUUACGGUGACCUACUUGAAUUUUGUAGGGGUGUUCGGGGUGUCUUUACAGACAAUGAUGGAAAUCCAUACAGCUGUACAUCGUUCAGAGUGUUUCUUAGGACCAAAUGGGAACCAUUCGAGGCAAUAUUUGAUUGUAUAAAUCAUCGAUUCCUGGAAAAUCUCGAGAUUGUUACUCCAGCAGACUGCAUUAUUGAUCCUGAGAGGUUACAUCUGAGGAAAACACUGGAAGCCCAAAAGAAUGAAGAGAAGAAGAAAGAGAAGUUGCAGCACUGGUUAUCGAAGCUGGAAUUUGAAAAUGACCACGAUAUAUUAUAUUCAAAGAGGCACGGAAACACUGGGGAUUGGCUUGUUGAAUCAGAUUCUUUCAAAAAUUGGCUUGAAAACCAAGGAUCUUGUAUUUUGUGGUGCUUCGGGAAUCAUGGUAUAGGGAAAUCUGUUCUAGCGUCACUGGUUGUAGAGAAGCUUUCCGUCAAAUAUUCUCUAGACGACCGCAUCGGUCUGGCAUUUUUUUACUACAAACACCAAAACAGUGCCGGACAAAGUUCCAAAACGAUUCUUGCGACACUUAUUAAGCAACUUAUUCAACGGAAGAAGAUUUUGCCUGCUCCAUUAAAGAAAUUUCAUGGUCGAUAUUCUUCGGAAGAUGGAUUACCAAGUAAUGCAAAGCUUCAGGCUCAACUUGUCGAGGUCUCCAAAACUUUCGACAAAGUUAUUAUUGUUAUAGAUGCUCUCGACGAAUUCCAAGAUCAAGAUCAAGAUCCAUUCAUCCCACUUAUUAAAAGCCUUUGCCUGAAUCUAGGUCUUAAUAUCAAGGUUUUUGUCACCAGCACGAGGGAGAAGUCUAUUGAAGAAUCAUUUCAGGCACUCAUUUGUCCAGUAGUUAAAAUUAACAUCGAAAGAAUAAGGCCUGAUCUUGAUAUUGCGGAUUUCGUUGCUUCGGAGGUAGACCGCCGAAGUGAAGGCUACGUCCACGGUGUGAUCGAUCAGAAGAUUAAGGAAAGAAUCAAGGCUUCCUUGGUUUCUAUGGGUCAAUUUCCAGUUGAUGUACCUAUACAGUCAGCCGUCACUCAAAGACAUCGAAAGUGCCUUGUGUUCACUCCCUUCCGAUAUGGGUCCAACCUAUGA